GGAGGGGCGUAUUUACUGUAAAAAACUCCAGUACCCGGAAAGUACAGAGGUGUACAUUAUUCUUUCAUUUCUCAGCUUCGGACAACACUUUGCCAUGUCGGGUGUGAAGAUCGGCGGUAGAGUGGACGGAGAAGACCACGUGGAUGCCAAGAAGAGCGAAUCCACAAAGACAGUUGCUCACAAUGAAACUGUUCAUGCCAAAGGCUAUGCAGGAGCUGAUUCAGAUGCGUACCGUAUGGACUACCCCAAGCUUGGGAAAUGUGUCAUCAUCAACAACAAAAAUUUUCACAAAAAUACAGGCAUGGGUGAACGCAACGGAACAGAUGUUGAUGCUGCAAACCUAAUGACAGUCUUCUGCAAGCUGGGCUUCAGAACUGUGAUCCAAAAUGACCAAACUGUUUCACAGAUGACACAGCUUUUAAAAUCAGUAUCCCAAGAGGACCACAGCCAGUCAGCCAUGUUUGUGUGUGUGAUCCUAAGCCAUGGGGAUGAAGGUGUGAUCUAUGGCACUGAUGAUUUCAUUGAGCUGAAAACUCUGACUGGACUCUUCCGAGGAGAUCGGUGUCUCUCACUAGUUGGCAAACCUAAACUCUUCAUCAUUCAGGCUUGUCGUGGAACUGAUUUGGAUCCUGGCAUUGAGACUGAUAGUGUUAGUGAGUCAGAGUGCACACAAAAGAUUCCUGUUGAAGCAGACUUCCUGUAUGCAUACUCUACUGCUCCAGGAUAUUAUGCUUGGAGAAACACAACCAACGGAUCUUGGUUCAUCACCAGUCUAUGUGAAAUGCUGACUAAGUAUGGCAGAGAACUGGAGAUUAUGCAGCUCAUGACACGGGUCAACCGCAAGGUGGCACUAGAGUUCCAGUCUUGCUCCAACAAUCCUGGUUUUAGUGACAAGAAACAAAUACCAUGCAUUGUGUCCAUGCUGACCAAAGACCUGUACUUUCCAAAAUGAUAAUUUGACUUAAAAUGAAUAGCGUUUAGUUUAGUAUAGGAGGUUUGGACUACACUGGACGAACUCGUAUUCGUGGUUAGCUGGUAUUCAUAUUGUUGGAUAGUAGCAUUUUCCCCCAAUACAAACCCUGUAUGUACUACUGGAGAAAUGUGAACAAAUAUCUUAAUCUGUUUUCUAAAACCAAACUCGGAUCGAAUCGUGCCUCUGAGUCUCCACUCACGUCCAUUUCCGCACUUCUGUUUCCAAUCAUUCUUCCAAAUUGUUAGAUUUUGUCAUAGAUCUCAGUGUCACUUUCUAAUCUAAAGCAUACUUCAUUUCUUGUUGUACACUUCACUACCUCUGCCUGGUUCUAUUCUACAACAAACAUGUCUCUUUUAAUCACCAGUGUAUUGCACAGUAAUUACAUUAUUUUUUUUCUCGUUUUCAUUUCCACUUUCAUCAUCAAAUUUCACUGUGCCAAAGAGUACAAAACUUGUGUUUUGCGCAGAAUGGAAAGCAGAACUGGUAUGACUUUGUCUUUAAGAUUCACAUUCAUUUCACAUUCAACAUCGCAAAAAAAUUACCAGCGUGCCUAUCCUACUGCCUAAACGUUGUGAAACUAAUUAAAGAGCAAUAAAUGAUGGAUAUGUGUAUUCUGACAA